CAUCACUCGUUUUAAGUGAGAAAGGGUACAACGUUGCGUCAAAGUCACGCAAAGUUCAUGCGUGGAAUAAGAAGAGUGUAUCAUGGCCCGUCCGAAACCAAAGACCCGAGUGUACGUGUACGCGCUGAUGCUCCUGAGCGUCGUUGGCGUCGUUGUGUGGAUCAGUGUGUUUGCUUCGAGGUCCAGGUGUCCACACGGAAGUUUUUCCAAAGCAGCAGUUGCCGCAGACUCAGAGAUAUGUUCUCAAAUUGGAAGAGACAUGCUGCAGAAAGGCGGCUCGGCGGUAGAUGGCGCCAUUGCUGCGCUUCUCUGCACCUCCCUUGUCAACCCGCAGAGCAUGGGCAUCGGAGGAGGGGCUAUAUUCACAGUGAUGGACAGUUCAGGUAAUGUAAAAAUCAUCUCCUCCAGGGAGAGUGUUCCACAGAAGCUCAAACCGGACCUGCUAAAAAUUUGCCCUAAGAAAUUCCGAUUCCUAUCAGGUCCUGAAUUUAUUGGGGUUCCAGGAGAAAUCCGGGGUUAUGAACUGGCUCACAAACUGUACGGGAAGCUGCCGUGGGCCACACUGUUCCAGCCAGCAAUCAAACUCGCCAGGGAAGGGCUGCAGCUAACCCCAGUGACAGAAAAAUAUAUCCCAGCCAUCAACAAGAAUUUUUCACUGUAUAAACUCUUUUCUGAUGCAAAUGGGAAUCCACGGAAAACUGGUGAUAUUGUGAAAUUUGAGAAACUGGCUGAUACUUUAGAGCUGAUUGCUAACCAUGGUCCAGAGGCCUUUUACUCUGGGAAGAUAGCGCAGGAUCUAAUCAGCGACAUACAGGAGGCAGGGGGAACACUGACGCUGCAGGAUUUAGCAUCAUUCAGGGCUUCACAAAGUGAUCCAUUGGUUUUUCCUUUUCAAGAAUUUGAAGUGUACAUCCCACCACCACCUGCUGGGGGUGCUAUCCUCGCCCUGGUCCUCAACAUCCUGAAAGGUUAUAACUGGGAUGCCAAAUCCUUUAAACUAGAAGAAAAGACGUUGGCCUAUCACCGAUAUAUUGAGGCUUUUAAGUUUGUCAAUGGACUUAAAAAACACAUGCAAGAUCCUAACACUUCAGACAAAAUUGCCAGAACAUUUAUUCAGGACAGUUUUGCGGAUCACAUCAGGACUUUGAUCAGUGACAGGACUUUUGAAGACCAAUACUACAACUUGACCUCCUAUCUGGACUCUAUGGGGACUACACACAUGUCCGUCCUGGCCGAGGAUGGGUCUGCGGUCUCUGUCACCAGCACCAUCAACCACAUAUUUGGCUCACAGAUCCUCUCUACAAAAACUGGAAUCAUUCUCAAUAAUCAGAUUGCAGAUUUCUGUGGAACAACUGAAGAAAUCCAUGCAGGAGAGCACCCCCCCUCCUCUGCCUCACCCGCUGUGCUCAAGUCCCAAUCAAGGACACUGGUAAUUGGUGCGUCCGGAGGGAGCAUGAUCGUGACGGGUAUAGCCUCGACUCUCAUGAAUCGACUCUGGUUUGGAAAGAGCCUCAAGGAUGCAGUAGCAUCUCCAGUGGUUUUUGUCAACUCUGCUAAUCAACCCAUAUUUGAGGGAGAAUUUGAUCAGAAAAUAAUUAAAGGCUUAAUUGCCUUUGGACACAAAUAUGAUCCACAAUAUGUAAGGUUAUUUAAUGUGGUAAAUGCUGUGGAGAAGGAUGGUGACUGUAUCUGUGCUGUGUCUGAUGCCAGGAAAAUGGGAAAAGCAGCUGGAUACUAACUUUAAUACCAAACUUGAUUAUUGUGAAAGACUCAAAGUUGUAACGAACACUUUGUGAAGUUAUUAAAGUGAACUGCAAAAAUG